AUGUCGGUCUUCUCUCUCAUCAGACGGGGUCGCCAGGCGGCCAAGGAGCACAAGGACAAGCAGGCCGAGAAGGACAAGAAGGCCGCAGAAAAGCCGCCUUACAAGCACGUACCCACCCAUGCAGCCGUCGAUGCACUCAAUGGAGCACCGCAGACCUGGAGAGCAGACGACCGCCCGAGGAUCAUAGAACAGCACAAGAGGAGGAGUGCAAUGACAGCAAGCGGCCUGGGCAUGCAUGUGGCGGGAUCAAUGACGCCGGUCCACAGCGGCAUGAUGCCGCGGGUCAACAGCUCCCUCUCCCACGUCUCGUACCCGUCCGUCUACGCCAACCCCAUGGUCAAGGUCCCCAGGGCCUACAGCUACAGCAGCAUGCCGGGGUGGAGCGACCGCGGAGGCGAGGUCGUCUACACGCCCAUGAUGGAGCGGCCGCAGAGCGCCGCGGUCAAGGGCAAGACCGUCGACCGGCCCGCCAUGGUGGACUCUGGCCGCGCCAGCCGAACCUCCAGCAAAGCAGGAUCGCCAGUCGGCAGCUCCGGCGACUCGACGAGCUCGCAGGACGACUUGGAGAUGCCGGCCAAGCAGAGCUGGAGCCAGCGAGCGCCAGACAGCCGCGCCGCUGCCGUGCGCGUGGUCAACAGCAGCGAUCAGCCGCACCGUCUUCACCCCAGCAGGAGAGUCUCGGAUCCUCCUGCAGCGGUCGUUCACAGCCCGCAGCCUCAGGCGCGGAGCACGUACUACCCUCCCUCGUCCUCGAGACCCUCGGCGCCCCGGACAGCAACGGCACCAACAGCAUCACCCAUGACAGGCGCGGGAAUCCCUCCGGUUCCUGCGCUGCCCCCCAUGAACUUCAGCUCCCCUUCCAGGAUGAGCCGGCCAGGCUCGGCCAGCUCGCACCGCAUCUCGUCCGGCUUUGGGCUGCCCAACUCAUCGACCUCCUCGUCUACCACCGCCGCCGACAUCGACCCGGCCUACAUUGCCGAGCCAUUCCCCGACUUCGACACCAUGCCCCGUGCGGUCUCGGACGACAGCUCCGUGCCCCCGAUGGGCAUGGCCAUAUCGACGACGGCGACCAUCGACGCUGCAUCCAGCGUCGCAGCCGCAGCCACAGCCUCGACUCGCGUCGACGCCAUUGACUUUUCGGCUCCCAGGGCUCUGGUUAACGAGGCGCCAGCCCAAGCCGCUAAAGAACCUAGGCCGGUGGCCGUCACCACUACCGCCCUACCAGCACCGCCAGCAGACCUCCACGACGCCACCUCUGCGCCGGUCCAGACAGCACCACCCGUGACCCCCGCCGCCCCGCCCAGGGCCAGCAAGCUAUCGAAAGCGCAUGGUGGUGGUGGUGCCAGGCUCACCAAGAAGAACCGCUGGUCGCUUCGCGGCAGCAGCAAACCGGCCGCAGUGGCCGUCUGA